CAUGACAUUAUAUGUCAUCAAUCGUUGCGCUCCAUGCCGUCCUCCUUCGCCUCUGGGGUCUCAAUUGACCUCGCACAAGCAAAGAGAGAGCCAUGGCGCGCACGCUGAAGCUUGCCGUCGCCCAAUGCCGCACCCUCGACACUACCGCUGACACCGUCCUUGAGCUCGAACGCACUGCCAAAUCUGCCGCCCAGCAAGGUGUGCACUUAGUUCUUUUCCCAGAAGCGUACUUGGGCGGCUAUCCAAGAACGUGCUCAUUCGGCUGCACCAUCGGCGCUCGCGAGCCCGGUGGCAGAGAGCAGUUUCUCCAAUACUUCAAGAGCGCGGUAGAUCUGGGCGACACGCCUCAAGGCGGAGGCGAUGACUGGGUAAACAGAAAAUUGCCCGUAGCAAGGGCCACAGAAUACAGAGGAGACGGCACGAGAGAGGCUCUGGAGCGUAUUUCCAGAGAAACAGGAGUCUUCAUCGUCACUGGCGUUGUAGAGAAGGCAGGCGGAAGCUUGUACUGCAGCGUUGUAUAUGUCGAUCCGAAGGAAGGAUGCAUCGGUAAAAGGAGGAAAGUAAUGCCUACUGGCACAGAAAGACUGAUCUGGGCCCAAGGCAGUCCGUCAACGCUGCGUGCAGUCACGACUACGCUUAACGGUGUCAAGCUCACCCUUGCUGCAGCAAUAUGCUGGGAGAACUAUAUGCCCUUGUUGCGUCAGAGCCUAUACUGCCAGAACGUCAAUUUAUAUCUAGCACCGACCGCCGACGCACGAGAUACGUGGUUGCCGCUCAUGCGGACAGUUGGUUUCGAGGGCAGAGCGUUCGUGUUGACAUGCAACCAGUGUUGCAAGAGAAGCCAAUUGCCUGCUUGGAUCCGUGAACAGCCCACAAGUCGUGAGUCUCAUAGAAGGACAAAGCAUGAGGCUCGUGCUACGACGAAAAGCCCAUCUCUUGCUGGCGGGCGACGCGCUUCAAUCAUUACCAAGAUUGAGGACGGUCAUGAGCUUUGUCUGCCAUCUAGCGAUUCAACCUCUCAUGCCAAUGGAGUCGCUCGCCAGAACAGCUUGAGCCCUAGCAGUACUAGCAGGCGUCGUCGCUCGACUAUUGUUAAGGACGAAAGCGGUCACGAAAUCUGCUGGCCUAUCCCUGAUGAGGUGGUAGAGACGAAUGGUCACACGGAGAACAGUACAGCUAUUGCGGUUCCCGCCGAUGAACACGCAACGUUAAGUCCUAUUCGAAGCAAGGACAUUCCUCCUCUCACUUCCGAGGCUACUACUGGACACGCUCAUGACAUCGAGGAUGACGAAUACAUCUCACGUGGCGGCUCGUGCAUAAUUUCUCCCCUUGGCGAGGUUCUUGCCGGUCCAAUUUGGGAGACCGAGAACACAAAGCUUCUAGUUGCUGAAUGCGAUUUUGAUGAGUGUGAGAGAGGCAGGUUGGACUUGGAUGUAGCGGGCAGUUACUCGAGAAGCGAUUCUUUCAAAUUGACCGUCGAAGGGCUAGAUAUAAGUCCACCGCCAUAAUCAAGCAUGAAUCUAUGAGCGUAGAAUCAUUGUACGGAAUAUGAAUCAACCAAAAAAAAAAAAUAAAUCAUCU